AGGGGUCCAGGCCGGUGUUGCUCAAGCUUUGCUUCCUGUCGGGUACGCCAGACACCAUCUUCUCCCCUUCUUCCCGUCUUUCCUACAGUUUCCCCAAGUUUUCUCUUGGAAUCGCUUCAUAUCCAGCUUCUAUCACGCGUGGGAAAGGGAAGCCAUUGCAAACACUUUAACCUCUGUCUCGGUUGAUGUGGAGAAGCGUCUACCACGGCGACGAUCAUUCAGCCAAGCCAACACCAUCACUCUCUCUUCCGAACCCCGCGCAGCCGCAACCGCAGCCGCAAUCCGCUCUCCUCCUACUCCUCCUCUGAGGUUUGCCUACGCAGAUAUACCAUGAUUGCCGCCUAAUCGCCUACUAGCAAGUUCGGGACCUGACCGCGCACCGCCCAUUCAGCCAACAUUCCCGACAUCAUAACAUCACUUCUUGAUAUAUACACACUCACACUUAGGGAGACACUCUCUUAAGGGCCCCCACCCCUCCCCUCCUUCAACAUGUCUUCAGCUUAUACCUACUACACGCCUUCUUCUCUGGCCGAUAAUGACUCUGCCACGCCGGAGCGCAACCAACUAUCACAAGGGAGCCAUCUCACACCAAAUACCUUCAGCAACUCGGCAUCACCUGCCUUAAACAACACACAGACAUCAGAAGAGUCUCUAGCAGCUCUCAAUAACCAGUAUCAACACAUAGAUUUUGGCGACAACGACGAUCCGUUCUUUGGGGUCAACUUUUCUUCCAUCGCGGACGGCUCACCUUCCUUCCUCGAAGACGACUUCCUCCAGAUAGCCAACAGUGACCACUUCGCCGACCGCACCUCGUCCGAACCAGUCCAGACGACACAAAAUGCCUUUUUAGGUGCCAGCCAUCUCCCUAUGAGUCCAGAAAAGACGCCUUCAUUACAGACAUCCCCAAAUCCCGAAGCCGGCCCGAACCAGGCCACCUUCGCGAAACGUUCAGCAAUCUCCGUCAUCACCCAAGAGGUUACCCAUAGGCCAAAACAGCCAUCGCUAUCAGACUCGCAGGACAGCAGCCAACCGGAGUACGAGUUGACACCAGGAACUACCAAUAGCGCGGAGCUGGGUGACGACGGCUCUGUCCCCUUGAUCAACGUCAUGUCAAAGCAAAGUCCAAGGGUCACAGUCUCAAACUGGGACAUUAUCAACUCGCAUACCCUCGAAAACACUCAAUCCUAUGCUCCCUACUCUGGCGUCAAUCAAAAUGAUUUCGCCAAUCAGACCUCCGACGGCAAUAUGUCCCCAUCAUCGACACGCGCACGCGAUGGGUCAGUACGCUGGGCCCCAGAUCAAGUCACCGGCCGAAGUGGAGUGGCUCCCGGUGACCGGUCUUCCGCCGAGGUGCGCAGCGUGAAUGAAUUGGCAGCCGAGAAGCAAGUUAAUGAACGGAAUGAGGAGGUCGAUGCCUGGAUGGCCAAGUUGAAGGCUGUUGGCCGCACAAAAUCGGGCUUUGUGGAUGUGAAUCAGCCCUUCAUACGACCUCUCGACCACGACGAUGAAAGCAUCGAUCCGCGGGAGAUCGGAACCGAACCCUCCGAAAACAAGAAAAUAUCAGGGCAGACAUACUUUACAGAGAAAGGCGGCGAAAUGACAGCAGAGGAUCGAGCCAUUAUCUACGGGAACCGCAACUGGGCCGAUGCACCUUUGUCAUUCCCCAUCACCUCUGAACGACAUCAGCCAGAGACUUCACAAGAUGCCAUUAGGAAAUUUGAGCAAAUGUGCAAAGACAACGGCUCCAUCAUCUCGCGAGCAGCAACCUGGGGAACAAGGCGUCGCAGUAUUGGCACCAUAGACGCUGAGGUCGAAAACACUGGGAACUUCCUCAAGAAGUUGUCCUUGAGCAGAGGAGAUUCUCUUCGCCGACCUAGUGCAAUCAUCCAAGAGCUCCGAGGUCUGGUCAGAAGACCCAGCAACGCCAAACGAACUCGGGCCGAAAAUGAAGAGGAUGCUUCCAAGUCCACACGCUCGUCGGUGGACCGAAAGGAAAGCCAAAGCAGUUUGAAUUUGGCUCCCCCAAGUCGUACAGGAAGCUUGGGCAAGAAGCAAUCGGUUCCCAGCAUCAACACUGCCUUGGUCGCCAUGGGAAGCAAUGUGGCAUCUAUUGGGGCCGCGCACGCUAGGAAUGGCUCUAUCAGUACCACUUCCAUAACUUCUCCCAACGCCAAAAGUCCAGCACGGAACCUGAGUGUCAACUUUUCAACUCGUUUCCGGAGCAGGUCGGACGCUUCUACGCGAAAAGAGCCCAAUACUACUCUCGCAGGCAUGUUGAAGAAUUAUGGCGGUCCUCCAGUCCCAUCUCUUCCAAGACCUUCUGCGGAACCAAAGCCUUCUGCGGAAGUCAUAGAGAUCGAUGAUGAUUCGGAUGAGGAAGAUGACGAGGACGGGGCAGGAGACUCCAACACCGAUUCAAGCGCAUCGAUUGUCAACAUCAAGCCAACAAUAGAUGGUUUCAAGCAACAUUUUCUGGAGCUUCAUCCCAAGCUCCCCGAAGCAAGCCGUUACCUGAUUGACCGCGUUGCCUACCAGCAGCAGGUUCGUUAUAAGGUGCUUUUGAACCACAAGAAAGAGCACGAACAGCACCUCAUGAAUAAGAGCUGCCCAUCUGGAUCUGUGUGCAUUAAAUCAGGCGGCAAGGCGAAGUUGUUGAAAACCAAUCCUAGCGGUCGAGGGCUCUCUGUGCGGUCUGAAGAAGACAUGCCACCGGGUGACAAAAUGAUCAACCCAAACCAGUUCCCUGCUAAUAUUCCUCCGCCAAUCACCAGGGACUUGCCCGCCGAGCUGGAGUGCCAGUUGUGCUUCCAAGUAAAGAGAUUCGAGAAACCUUCGGACUGGACCAAGCACGUGCACGAAGAUGUCUCGCCUUUUGCCUGUACGUGGGAAAACUGCAGAGACGGCCUCAAAACAUUCAAGCGAAAAGCCGACUGGGUCCGCCAUGAAAACGAAGGCCAUCGUCAUCUCGAGUGGUGGAAAUGCCGCGUCGACGAUUGCACCCACGAUUGCUUCCGGCGGGACAACUUCCUCCAGCAUCUCGUGCGCGAGCACAAGUUCCAGGAGCCCAAGUACAAGACAAAGGGAGAUAUCAGGAAGGCUGGCGGCGCGCGCCACCCGACCUGGCAGAUGGUGGAGAAAUGCCACAGAGUCACUGAGAGAAGACCGGACCAGGAGCCGUGUCGGUUCUGCGGGGAAAGGCUUACGACAUGGAAGAAGUUGACAGUCCAUCUGGCUAAGCACAUGGAGCAAAUCAGUUUGUCUAUCAUCAAGCUCGUGGAGCGGACGGAGGUAGAUCCUGAUACGAUCAUCAGCCCGGUGCAGGAACCUCCGCCGAGGCAUUUCCCGCUUCCUAUACCCCAAAACAACGACAGAAGACACAGCGGACAGCCUCAUGUGCAGCAGCGGUUCGAUCCGGCAAUAGCUGGCAUGAGCCAUAUGCCAAUGUCAUAUCCCAACACUCCACAGCAACACCCAGGCUUUAAUGGGUUCCAGUCCUUCCCUCAGCCUGGCUACCAGGCCAUGCCCUUCGGUGACCUAUCACAAGACAUGAUGCCUUCUGGAUCAAUGAACAUGCCCAUGGGCCAGCAACCGAUGAAUCAAGGCUACCCCAACUUGAUCACCUCUCAAACAUCAUACACCACCAUGCCCAUGGCUACCACAGCCGGGUACAUGACCUCUCCCAUGUCCGCCUCGCAGAUGGGCGUCUCCUCACAGCUGACUACUCCCCUGAUGGGCACGCCGUUGAUGGGGGCAGCGCCUAACCAAUUCAUGGGUGUGUCCCCAGACGGCACCGGAACAGAGGCGUUUCCUGGCAUGGACCUGAACAUGAACAUGAACGCCUUGGGACUUCAAGAUCCUGUCUCGAUGGGAUAUGGAAAUAUGAAUGGUGGCGGGAUGCUGAUGGAUACGAGUCUUACUCCAACCCUCAGCCAGGGUAACAGUCGACCGCAUACGCAAAAUGGCCAUGGGCGACAGCACUCCCACGGGCACGUGAAUGCGCAGUUCAUGCCGAUGGCAGGUCCCCAUGGGAGUGUGAGUCCCUUUGGAACGUCGCCUAUGCCGGGGCAGAAUGGGUUUUACUAGUGCAAUACGGGUUCUUCUUUCUCUCUUCUUCUAUUUUUGGUGUUGAUAGAGGUUUCUUGAUUGGAUUGACGGUUUGAUACCCUUGCC